GACGGCUCCUCUAACUUUCAGCGUUUCGGACCGCGGCGCUUUCGAAGGUAUGGAGUCCCAGGAUGUUGGUGAAUCGCCGGCGGCUGCAGCUAAAGCCUCGGGCAAGGCUCUGGCUUCAGCCUCAGCGGCCUUAGCAGCUCCCCCGGCACAGGAGGAGGAGAUGUCCUCUGCCAUGCUGGCAGAUUUCUUGAAGGACUCCAGGAAGAAGGAGAAGCUUCUGUGGAGCCAGCUGCAGGUGGCAGAUGCCCUCCAGGACUUCCUGGAGCACAUGGACAUGACAGUGGACCCCGAAGAAGACAUCCGUGCAGAAGCCAGUACAGCCCAACAGCUCUGGAAGGACCUGAAAGCCGAGCAUCAGAAACAGGUGGAAGCCAUCGAGAUGGCACUGCCAAAGGCCCUACUGCAACUGGAGACUGGCCAGAAGAAGCAGGCUUUAUUGGAGAGCGCUCUGGGGGAGGCCCAGGACAAAAGGCAGACUUUGGAGAAGCAGAAGGAUUUGGCCCAGGCUGAGCAGAGGCAUAAGCAGGAAGUUCAAAGGCAGAAGCUAGUGGCUGAAACCCAAGCCCAGAGGGAGCGUCUAGAGAGUGCCAACCGGCAUUGGGAGAAGAUGCUGGCCAUCCAGCGGGAAAAGCAGGAAAGCGCCCAGAGACUUGACGCCUUCCUAGGACUUCUGGAGAAGCUGCAUGAAGCUGAGGGAGAUGGAGGAAACAGAAACCUUUCUGGAGCCCCAGCAAGCCACCCGCAGUAACCCCCCCCCCCACACACACACACAAAGAUACAGCCAAUAAAGGUGUCAACUUUU